GAGCUAAGUGGGGCGGGACCGCGCGGCGGAAGAGGCCGGAGCGCUCCGGGACACGAUGCAGGACCCUAACGCAGACACCGAGUGGAAUGACAUCUUACGCAAAAAGGGCAUCCUGCCCCCAAAGGAGAGUCUGAAGGAACUGGAAGAGGCGGCGGAAGAGGAGGAGGCACGCAGACUCCAGCAGUCAGCGGUGAAAACGUAUGAAGCCAUGACGCUGGAAGAACUGGAAGAAAAUGAAGAUGAAUUUAAUGAAGAGGAUGAACGUGCUAUUGAAAUGUACAGGCAGCAAAGACUGGCUGAGUGGAGAGCAACUCAAAAAAAGAAAAGAUUUGGAGAAGUUUUGGAGAUUUCAGGAGAAGAUUACGUUCAAGAAGUUACCAAAGCUGGUGAGGGCUUGUGGGUAAUCUUGCACCUCUAUAAGCAAGGGAUUCCCCUCUGUGCCCUGAUAAAUCAGUACUUGAGUGAACUUGCCAGGAAGUUUCCUGAUGUGAAAUUUAUCAAAGCCAUUUCAACAACCUGCAUACCCAAUUACCCGGACCGGAAUCUGCCCACAGUGUUUGUUUACUGGGAAGGCGACAUCAAGGCUCAGUUCAUUGGGCCUCUGGUGUUUGGUGGCAUGAACCUGACGAGAGACGAGUUGGAGUGGAAACUGGCUGAGUCUGGGGCCAUCGAGACGGACCUGGAGGAGAACCCCAGGAAGCCAGUCCAAGACUUGCUACUGUCCUCCAUGAGGUGCUCUGUCUCCACCAAGAGGGACAGCGAUUCGGAGAGUGACUGAGACGCUGCACUUCUGGACAGGACACAUUGGAUAUUUUCUUUCUAACAAAGAGUGAAUCUUUUUGUUUGUUAGCCUUUUAUAUUAUAUUUCAGAUCUCCCACCUUUCACACAUAGUCACUGCCGCAAAUUGUAAUAAAUUAUUGGAACUACAUAUAUUUUUUGGAAAACUGUAUUUUUAAAAUAAUGACAUUUCUUUUUUUUUAAAGAU